AUGCCCGCAAAGAGGCGGGCAUCAUCCAGCAUCUCCAAUGGGCCCACGCCCAAGAGGCUGACUCGCUCGGCAGGAGCCAAAGUCCGCUCCCCCAGACAGCCCACAGACGAUUCUGCGAAUCCAUCUCAGGAGAGCGCAGACCAGCCUGCUGAUCCCAAGAGACCCGCGGGCAAGUCAAAGUCCGUGCGGAAGCAGCCCGUGGCCAAAGAAGCUCUAUGGCAAGACAUACCAGCUUCAAACCCAUCCUCUGCUGGUGAUCGAGCCACACUGCUAAGCCUCCCUCGCGAAGUUCUAGAUGUCUGUUUCGGGACAACGAUCAAUUUGGGGCUGCAGAUGCGAGAUUACGUUGCAUUGGCGGGUGUAUCGCGAUCCUUCAGGCUCUGCCUCGAUGAUCGGGUCUUUCAGGAGCUAUACCUUGCCUCCCGACCCGAGUAUGUAGACGGAGACGCGUCAGGCCGCAAAUAUGUCUCGGAACGGAUAUUCAGCAGAAACUUGCCGAAUUGGUCUGUACCCCCUCCUCAGCGGUCGUUCAAAGCUCUCGACAGGCUUUCCCUCAGCCUACCUCCCCAUGACUCUGGCUCUGUCCAGGACAAGAAGCUUCAUUCCGCCUACGACCAAAUCUACGCCCGAUGUCGACAAGUCUACCAGGAAGGAAAGGACCAGAUUGCACGCCAGCAGAGGGAGCGUGUGCUAGCCAAAAGGGUUGUCAAGAAGGUGGUGGUGGAUGGGCUGUCGCGAGCGGUGCUGAUGGCAGUACCGGGGCGAAAGAAUGGAGAAGUCGAAGGGGAGAAGGACGAGAACGGGAUACCCAAACACCUAUCGGCUGGGACAAGUACGGGGUCGGGCCUUCCAUCUUUACCCCUAGAGACGGAUCUCAAAGGAACAUGGAGACCUUGGAAACUCGAACUCCAAAAACUCUAUCGCCAAAUGCGACAGUUGAUCGAAGAUCACAGAGACAUGAAGCCAAUUCACGUCGACGAUAUUCUACUGGGUGGUGCCGCGCCUUCCCCAACUUUGUGGAUCAAGUACAGCCCCGAAACUGGGGAGAAGCUGCCCCAUGACUACUACCCUAGUCCGUGGAGAACCAGAGCAGCCGAGGUUGUCGCUUCCAAGUGGAUCUCAAAAUCGGAGGCGAUUCGGACAUUUAAGGUGGGAGAGGGCGAAAUGGCAUGUCUGAAGCAUUUUCUUGUGCCCAACCCGCUGACUCCAAAGUUUUUCUCGUUGGCUGCCGUCCAAGCGCUAGCCCUGAGGUCACAUGGCGGGCCAAUAGGUCAUCAUGAUCAUGUGAUCAAAUCUAGAGCCAAAGCCCUUAAGAAUAUCAUCACCCGACGAGCCAAAACUUCAACUAAAGACAACUCGUCGAAUUCUCCAACAUCAACUCGAACACAAGCGCCCGCUCCUGGCCUCACCAAAAACGCGAAUUCUGGAGGACGCUACAGGCAGCCUGCCAAAUCUAUCGAUCCAUCCGAUGAAGAUGACUCGGGGGCAAAGUAUGGCAUCGACAAACAAUGCGGGUCGUGGUAUUGGAGAGGAGCCUUCUUCGACUGGGUGUUUGACCAGAGAGAGCAGAGGGCGUUGCGGCCUGAAGUCGACAAUGGGCCGCCAGAUCACAAUGGCUCUGGGAGCGACGGAGAAGACGAGGGCGGCACGGGAGGAAACAUGGGCAUCGUAGCCCCUCCCCCUGAUCUCAGCAUUGAAAUGCCUGCGCUGACAGAUGGUGGUGAUGAAAGUGACAGUACAGCGGACACCGAUGGGGAGUGGGACGUUGAUGAUGCCGAUUCGGGGCCGGAAAACGAUCAGUAA